UCUUCAAGACCACCGACGAAUUUACAAGCCAUUCAACCAUCCAUACAGCGUGCACAUAUAGGAAUUGAAUAUGCCUUUCAUUCCUAUAUCCUACUAUAUCAUGCAGUUUCCGAUCUAAAACUAAUCAGUCACAUUUUCUUUAUUGUUCGUUUCUCUUUAUUCACUUGCAAGCAAUAUAUAACUAAUCCCUUUGGUCAUCCAACCAAAAAAAUAUAUGCAUCAAGAUUCAAGAAGGAAGAAAAAAAUAGAGCCAAAAUUCGAAUACAAUUAAGUACUGGUUCUCCUCUUUGCAAAGAGCAUGAUCCUUUCUGAUACUAGUAACGCACGAUCAAGGAAAAUAGUACUUACUAUGAGGUGCUUCUCAGAAAAUGGCACACAAAUAACGGCCCUGGGCUUAAGGUGACUCCCAAUCCUGCCCUUUUCGGGCCCUCUCCCGCUUAGAUCUCGCCAUAGCCAUCGCGCUCGCGGCCGACCACGCCGCCUUCGACCUCUCCGUCGGCCACGCCGCCGCCGACCUUGCUCUCGAAUCACUUCCUUGCCGAACUCGAUCUUUCCAUCUCCGCUGUCGUCGAUCUCGGCCUCACCCUCUCCGCUGAGAUCCAAGGAUCGCCGCCCCCGACCUCGUCGCCGUUGACUUCAGAGCCGCCCUCUCAAUCGGUUGUCAAUAUUCUGGUCUCUCUUGAGGAUAUAUGGCAAACACGGCAUGCUUUAUAAUUGUCAGCAGGAAUGACAUUCCUAUAUAUGAAGCUGAAGUGGGAUCUGCACCCAAAAAGGAAGAAGCAGCUCACAAGCACCAGUUUAUCUUACAUGCUGCAUUAGAUAUUGUUCAGGACCUUGCAUGGACAACAAGUGCCAUGUUUUUAAAAGCAGUGGACAGGUUCAAUGAUUUGGUGGUAUCUGUUUAUGUCACUGCAGGUCAUAUCCUUAUUAUUAAAACAUUGUUAGACUGUAUUCUGAACAGGAUGGGCAGACAUGGUGGAGAAGUUCAGAUACUUCUGAAUCCUCUCUAUUUACCUGGAUCUCGCAUCACAUCAUCUCACUUUGAUACCAAAGUUAGAGCUCUCGCAAGAAAAUAUCUAUAGCGGCAUCCGCUGUCAAGGACUGCAGAAGUUUUGGCAUCCUCUAUUGAGUAUCAUGCAUAAUGAAGUCCGUAUACUGCUAAUUUUAUUCUGGAUGAAAAACCUACUAGUCAAUUGUUGAUAUAUAUAUA